UUCCAGCCAGCGGCGUGUGAGCGGGCCGCGCGGCGUGAGAGAGGCGGGCUCGCCCCCCUCGUGCGGCCGGAGCGGAGCCUUUUGUUCCCGGCCAGAAGUUUGCAUGCCGGGACCGUGACAGCUGCGGGCGGGGAGGACGGCUGCAGGGCCGGCGGCGUGGCGGAGAAAAGAGGCGACUGCUUGUCAUGCAGCCCACGACGCGGCGGCUGGGGGCCGGGGACCUGCAGUGGCCGGGGAGGCGGCGCCCACAGGACACGGGACUUUCUGCUGCCGGAGGGACAAACUAACUUCCUGAGCGCUAGACCCAAGGCCGGCCCGCCGGGAGCCACCUGCAAGGUUGUGGUGAGGCGACCCUGGCCCUCCGAGGCGCGAGGCAUGGCGCGGGUUUGCGGGCGGUGCUAAGUGAGUCCUUCAGACUGCCUCUUGGCCGCUGCCGCAGCCUGCCCGCCUUCUGAAAGGCCCAGCGCGGGCCUCCACUCGCCUUGUUUUGCGGCCACGAUACAGUGUUGGCUUGGAAGCCACAACAAUGCCAUGAUGUUUUGGAGACAGGAAGUCCCAAGCUGGCCCCGAAUGAAGGACUUCCUGUGUUUAAAGUUGCAGGAAUAUCCGCUGACCAGCCCUGUUCAAAUGCAAACACCCCAACUAGAGAGGACGAAUGGCUAAUUCAGACCAGCUGGACUCUUCAGGGCUGAACACAGGAUAAAAUGAAAGGAAUUCUUAGGAGCUUGGACCAUACUUGAAGGCUAGAGAGGGUGUGCCAUUGUUAUAAAGGACAUAGUUGAUAUACAUUUUCUGCUUCCAACUCAGCUUCGGUGAGAAUCGAGUGAAACUAGAUAUUGAAUAAGACUUGUCAAUAUCAAAUGAUUUUUUUGCUGACUGAAUUUGAAAGGGCUUUAGAAAAGUAAAACCAGAAGCCAUACAAGUAUUUGUUUUAUGCUUAUUGAUUAAAUAUCAUUUAUCUUUCUGCAGUUAUGAGGCUGCUAGCCUGUGAGGAAAAACCUGUUUGUCUUAUUAGAGUUUCUCCUAAAAUGGUUUCAAAUUGGGAACUUCCAGAUCUUUCUGGAAGGCAGAUGCAAUUGGUGGUUUGGAGUAUAAACAUGUAAGAGGACUUACAAUUCAUGUAGGAAUGUAUUUUGAGAGAACCCGUGGGGGGGUAAAAAACUUUUGAAAGAUUGAUGGUUCAUCUUUAUUGAAAAAGUAUGGGUAAGCCACUUAGCAGGCCAGACUGUUUAAGGCGGAACCCCACCUGCCUGGGUAAAGGGGAAGAUGAGGAUGGCUAUAUAGAAGAUUGCUAUGUUCCACAGCGGUCUAUAUACGAUACAAUGAGGAUAAAUGAACAGAUUGACCAGGGGUCAAAACUUAAUCAGACGUCAAAGAGCACCAUGGAGAAGAUGGAAGGAAGUACCAUAUCCAGCAAUGGAACAUUAGGUGCAUCAUCUAAUGUUUUUGAAUCUAGAGUGCCAGAAGGCAAGAAGCUGGAUGAAAGGAUAAUAUUUGAUGCAUUAAAGCUAAGCAGUGAUGUGCAGAAGUCAGCACCUGUGCCACCCAGACGUCGACCAAAUGCGGAACGCAAAGAUAAUGUUAACAGGAGAUCGUGGAAGUCCUUCAUGCCACCAAACUUCCCAGAAUUUGCAGAAAGGAUGGAGGCUUCUCUCAGUGAAGUAUCAGAAGCUGGUGCUUCAAAUCCUUCCUUGCAAGAGAAAAAAGAAUCCAGUUCUGCAUUGACAGAAAGUUCUGGUCACUUUGAUCACAGGGAACCUCAGUCUGAGUCCGUUACUUUGGAACACAUGUCCAAAUCUGUAGAUAUUCCAGAAGUGCAAAAUGUAAAAAAUUUGAGAGACUGCCAGGACUUCAAAUUCCAACAGCUCAGUGAGAGCUCUCCCCAUGAAUUCCAGCCUCUAGGCUCAGAAGCUGCAGCAGCAAGUGGUAACACAGAUGAAAUGCAGGAGCACAGAUUCUCAAGUGCAACCUGGCCCAGGGCCAUGAAAAGUUCCUCCAAGGGAGGCUUCAGUGAGAAGCAGUACCCCCUUGGGAACACUGCCUGUGCUGUGGAACUACCACCUCUCUCUCCUUGCUUGAGUGAAGAGCUGUUAGAUUCAGAAUUGCAUAUGCUUAUAACACCUAGCCUGAGAGAAAAAACAGAGUCUGAGUUAAAAUUUGAGGAGGAUGAGCGAUGGAUCAUGAUGGAGGCAGAGGAGGAGUGGGAGGAAGAGAAAUUGUCAGAGAAAAGAAAGAGUCUUGUUACAAAUGAAGAGACUAGUUUGGCAGAUCCUCUUGAAGAAAGUGACCAAGCAAACUCAGUAGCAGCAAUAGAGGAUGGGUCAGAUCGUGUGGCUGUCUCUGGAACUUCUGACCACCUAGCUCUUCAUCAGAUGUGCUGCUCUGUUGACCUGCAGCCAACUAGGGAUCAGCUUGCUUCUGUCCCCAGGGGUUCUCCCCUUGACUGCACCUGCGCUACCAGUGAGGUGAAAAGCAGACCUGCUCAGGGGCUAGAGGGUCUGACUUCAGGGCUCCAGUGCCCUGUUGAAGCAGAGCAGCUCUCUGACACAGAUUCUGUGCAAAUGUUUCUUGAACUUGAGAAGGAAUGUUUAUGUGAAGAAGGAGUAACUUCUUCAGCUGAGCUGCUGAGUCAGGCCUCUUCUGAAGGGCUGGCCCCAACCCAGGAUGCAGAAGAUUCACUUUUAAUUAGUCAUUUUCCAGGAGCUGCCUUAGAACAGGAACAGCUUGUGGGUUUUCUAAGUGUAAGGAUAAAGGACCCUGACACUGGAUUAGAUGGUGAACAUUGCAAUGCCCUGGAUUCUUCUCAGGUGCCUAAAGCUGUUGAACUUAGUGCUCAGCCUGAUAGUGGAAGGGAUACCUCCACUAUUAGCAAGGAGUGUGAAAAAGUGCCUUUUAGCCCCAAGAUUGGUGGAGAAUUUAAGCUUCUGGCUGAUCUAGAGCCACAUAGAGAGCUGGACACAGGAGGAUUGCUGAACUCUAAUCUCAGAGCCUCUUGUGAAGAAAACCUGCCAGUCUUUAUUGUCUCUGAGCUAGCCAAAGAAAAUGGCAAUUUGUCCCAGGUAGACUGCAGUCAGACUGAGGGGAAUGUAGAGGAGUAUAUGGAAAGGAUCCCUCUUAGUUUUGCUUUUAACUAUGAACAAGAUGUUACCUCAGGACCUGAAGUAGAGGUGUUCUCAUCUGAUUCAAAUUUAUUAACCGAUGAGAUUCAUUUAGAAAGUGGAAAAGGAGCUCUAAUUAGUCAAGAAGAUAACAACCUGGUAUCUUUGGGAAAUGUAGACCCUUGUGAAUUGUCCAUGGAGAAAGUUUGUGAUAAGGAUGGAGAAACAAAAGAGCCAGAAUGUCAAGGGAAGCUUUUAAGGACUGGAGCUCCAGCACAGUUUCUUACAGACUUCGAGAGGAGGUCUUCUGAGUCAGAGGUUCUUAGUCUGCACCUGCUGACUGGAGAACUGAGACUCAAUAAAGCUGGAGCAGAAAGCAUGAGUGAUAGAGAGCCUCAGCUGAGUACAGCUUUAUCACAGGAAGGGGAACUAGAAACGAGAGAUUUAGAUUCAACCCUGAACAUCUUUCUGGAGGAACAAAUCACCAAAGCCAAUAACAUUGUACCAGGUUUGGAAGAAUGGAUAUCCAGCCAACAGAGGCCUGUCCCAGCUGCUGUAGUACCCAUGGUAGAAAAUGCCCUGGAUGCUGUAGCACCCAUGCCAGGAGAGGAUAUCCCCACUGAAGCAUUGACUACCUUGGAGGGGCCUGCUGCCAUAGCCUCUGCCUCAGAUGGAACUGCUGUAGCUACUCCAAUAGUGCCCAUCCCAGAGGAAGAUAUCCCAGUAGCUUCAGUGGUUAUCUUGAUGGAGGAUGUUAUGACUGCUACAAUAUCAGCCCCAGAACAAGCUGCAGCCUCAUCUGGUGCAGUGCCUCCAGUAGAGACUGUUACAGUGCCCAUCAUAGACGAGGAUGUUACCUCAGAGGAGCCUGACACUCAAGCAGCUGAAAUGUUCCUCCCAGAGGAACUUGCCAUACCAACUCCUUCGGGGCCCACCUCAGAGGAGCCAGAUACGCCAACAGUUCGGGUAUCUACUGCAGAGGAACCUAACAUGCCUCCUCCUGCAGGGCCUACUCCAGAGGAGUCUGCUGCCCCAACUCUCAAAGAAACUACCCCAGAGAAGCCUGAUACUCAAGUGGUUAGUAUUUCCAUCCCAGAAUGGUCUGCCACUUCAGCUACUGCAGUGCCUGCUAAGGAAAUUUUCUCUCCUGAUGGACCCUUCCUGGAAGGAACUACCCACACUGAUUCAGUGCCCAUUUUAGAAGAAACUCCUGUUCUUGAGAAUGCUUCCUCUCCUGGAAUGGGGAUCAAGGAAAGCCUUGAUUCUUCAGCAUUUGGAAUAAAAGAGGUGCCUGGCACAAUGAUACAUGGGAAAGUGCCUCUGGCUGCAACUGAUGGAUUAAAUUCACAUGAGGUAAUUGUUGAUCAUUUCAUUGGCAGGAAAGGCCUAGAGCAUAAAGUGAGAAUUGCAAGUUCUCUCACUUGGUGUUAA